GGUCUCAAUCAGGGCUUGGAAAUGCUAAAAAUUUUUAAAAGUUACUCAGCAAAAACAAAAUUGUUAGAUGACUUUGGAUUUUGUGAAAAUUGAGAGUAGACUCUCAAUGCGAAAUAGAAUUACAAGUCAGCUACUCCUAGAUACAAGGAAGAUGAUUUGACUAAGCAAACAAAAGGGGGAGAGAGGAAAGUGGUAGAAGACUUGAGGAGGACCAAGAAAACUACUGAUUCAACAUCCCUCCUCAUUAAUCUCACUCAAAAGCUCUCCCUUAAUGGCUGCACUGUGAAGAGCAUUGCUGUAAAGAACCCAAUAAAAAAUUCAUUUCCUUCCCUCCACCAUAGCCAUUCAGCUAUAAUACUAGUUAAGAUUAGCUAAGGGGGGGUCUUCUUUUUUUCUCAACUGUGAAAUUCUUUUUCAUCUGAUUCGGCUUUUUUAGUUGGCAAGCAGUGAGUUUGAAUUAGCAUUUGUAGGAGUAUGUUCCUAUUCCUUAAACUUACAGAAUAAUUAUAGUAAUAAAUAUCAAGGUUGCCAUCUGAUUAGAAGAUAGAUCAAUUAAGCUCCCAGUAUCUCUUUUGCUCAACCAAAUACCUUGUGCAUCAACAAAAUUAUAUUCCAAAGUACGGAAAUGGUAUUUGUGAUGUAUGCUUUUCUUCCAUGGAUCAUGCAGUUUUCUUUAAAGAGGGGGCAAAAAUUAUUCAGAACAAACAGACAUUUUGAUUGAUGAUGUGGCAAACCACCAAUGGUAAUAUUCGAUAUUGGGGCAGCCGUAUAGCCCAGAACUACGUGUUUGACAACCUACCGAACAAUUUAGAGCCAAGAAGAAUUGUAGUAUAAUUAUCAAGCCAACCCCAACGACAUUGGACAAUUGCCAAGUUGAGAAUGGAUAAGAAGGCGAACUAACAACACUCAAAUUUCUUCUAUACAUUUUUCUCAAAACAGUUGAACGCAAAAUUACCUACCUGAUCAGCCGACCACCAUGGAUUUUGGUAUAUAAACUCAGCUCAUGCGUUGGUUUUCCUCACUCAAACACAGAAAAAGAACUGCUUUAUCAUUUCAGACAUUGGAAUUAGUGGAAAUGGCCUCUUUCAAUUGGUUCAUCUUAGCCUUCUUCGUGGGACUGACAUUUUCCGGUAUGAAUGUUGGGCUAGCAGCUCGCCAUCUGCAGCAAUUACCAACUUUGCCAGGAACCGGGCUGCCACCAUUGCCAUCUGUUCCAACGCUGCCACAGCCGACAAUGCCAACUUCGCCUACCAUCCAGCCAACACUACCUAGGCCUGGCUCGCUACCUCCACUUCCUAGCAUUCCCAACUUGCCUACUGUCCCAAGGGCUUCCUUGCCACCACUGCCAAGCAUGCCUUCGAUCCCCACAAUUCCAAUUACAAUUCCCUCCAUUCCAUUCCUCUCUCCACCACCUUCAACUUCCAGCCCUUGAGACGAUGGCGUUCAUCUGCUGUUAAGAGAGUUGGAGAGUUUCACUUGUUUAUUUCAGUUCGUUUCCUCUUGUACGCAGUGUGUGCUUUUCUGUUACAUUAUUUUCAUUUUUCAUCAUCUUAGCAUAGAUGGGUGUUUCCAUAUUAUUUGUUGUACCUUGUCAUAUCCUAUUAUGGAUUUAUAUUCAUCAUUAUGU